AUGGCUGCGCUAAGGGUAUUCAGUCGUAAUUUACCAUAUUUACGACAGCAGUUUUCCGCUUUAUUAGGAAACACAUCGCCAUCGGUGAAGUUCAUUUGUGUAGUAGUUACUAUAGGGUAUAUUCUGUCGUUUUCCGACGAUGUUGUGGACGUUCUUAGUGUCACUCCAGGGUAUUUGUUGCCACCUUCUUUUCAACUGUGGUCCACUUUCACAUUCUGGUUUCUCGAGAUACAUUUGUGGGAAGUGAUCAUCGACAUUGUGACUGUAGGGUUGUGUGGGAAACUAAUAGAACCAUUAUGGGGUCAAAUGGAAAUGAUGAAGUUUUUCCUGCUGACAAACUUCGGUGUUGCUUUUCUGACGACGUUCUACUAUUUAGUGAUAUUUGCGUGUACAGGGCACCCAUCCUAUUUGUUUGAUAUUCAUGUACAUGGGCUGGCGGGGUAUUUGGCUGCGGUGAGUGUAGCAGUUAAGCAGAUAAUGCCAGAUCAUCUGCUGAUAAAAACACCUCUAGGCAAGCUGACUAAUAGAUCGCUGCCACUGUUGAUCCUAAUUGCAGCUAUAAUUUUGUGGGCUAUUGGUGCUUUAGAAGGCACAUACCCUUGUAUGUGGGGAAGUGGAACCAUUCUCUCAUGGAUAUAUCUGAGAUUUUGGCAGAGGCACAGCAGUGGGACUAGAGGAGACAUGGCUGACAAUUUCAGUUUUGAUAAUUUCUUCCCAACAGUCCUACAGCCAGUGGUGCGAGGAAUCCUUGGUCCACCGCACCGCUGUUUGGUGCGCAUGGGGCUAUGUUCUCCAAGUCAACGUCGCGUGCACCUCGCACUCAGUCCUCGGGGAGUCACUAUAUCCAUGCCGGGAGUGGAGCCCCAAGAUAUGGAAAGACGGAGACAAAUCGCGCUCAAGGCCUUGAGCGAGAGAUUAUCGAAGACUUCUGAACAAACGCGGCAAAAGAAUCUAUCUACCAAAGUGAACAUAGAUGCAGUGAGGAAGAUGCAAUCACAAGUUAUCCCGCAGUUUCCUGCAGAGGGCGCCGCCACUCAAGGACCCUCUCCGCCUCCCGCGGAAGCCACCUUAGUCGACCUAGGAACGGAACCAACGCCACCUACCACUAAACAAUCAUGA